GUGCACCUGCGUUGAGGCUCGAGAGAGUUUCCGGCAGGUGGUGUUUGAAACGGCUGCAUUUGGCAAUCCUCUUUUGUCACGUCUUUGCACGGGAGCUCUGUUCACGAAGGACGAGCUAGAGGCGCAGAUGUUGUACUUGCAGUUGCAGCGAAAGGUGAAUGAACGCCUUGAAAGCCAGACAGCGGCGAGCUUAGCCGAAGUGCAGCAGUUCGUCUAUCAACAUCUCAUGCCCAGGCUUCUCUUCCUCCCCUUGGAAGGCCUUGUCUCUCUUUUGAAUUCGCUUAGAUUCUAUGGACUUCUUGUGGACGUCGUGACUGCAAAAGCCGCCAGUCUCGUCUCAAACUUCAGCCGAUAUGCAUUGGGCAGGAGAUCCAAAUGGCCGUCGUUGGCGCCCGACUCCGCGCAGCAGCUCGCAGGCAUUCAGAACACCCUGGUUUCGAGUUGCUACCGCCAUGUUGGGGAUUGCCUUGGGCAGUACUGCAUCGAGUUUGAAAAGGAGGAUACAGCAGCAACGACGCCUAGCGAGGGGGAGAGGAAGGAAGGAGGAACUGCGCAUACUGCAACACUGGACACUCACCAGAACAGCAAAGCUUGUGCAGCUGCUCUAGUGAACGCGUGCCUCGCGAGCAGCGAUGAAAAACUGCAUACCUAUGUUGUAGAUUGGAUCGCUAGUCAUGGAGGCAAGAACUUUCCUGUGGCUCUUCUGCACAUUGACGGCCCGAUGGCCGAUCGUCUUCUCGCGCAGAGCGACGCGGAGUUUGCGGUGGAUUUGGGAGAUCGUUAUGCAGCUUCUGGGCUGUAUGCGCAGGCUGCCAAGUGCCACAGUCGGCAGGGCCUACGUCAGUGGGCAUGCGAGAGAAGCGGAGUUGCUGUUCAAGAUUCUUCGGCUCCUCGCGGCGCCGUUGAGGGCGGCGAAUCAGCGGAAGACGUAACGACAUUGUUGGCUUUUGAUGCGGAAACCGAUGCCUUCUGCUGUAGCCUCACACAGCCGAUUUGGCAGUUUCUAACGGUCUGGGUGAAGACGCAGGCACAGGAGCCCUCUUUAAAUCGACGACUUCUGCACUUCGUUAAGGCGAAGGAAAAUGCACAGAACUUCCUUCAGCAAUCCGCUGGACAGCACGAGCCGGGAGUCCUCAACAUGGCUUCAAAAGAACAAGCAGGCGCUUCUCGUGAGACGACGAGACGAUUUUCCCUUUCUGGCGAUCCGAGUGAUUUGGCUUUUGAUGAAUCGGCUGAUGGCACUCCACCGACACCUGUUGAAAACUCCAUAAGACAAAUCGACCUCAACAUCCGAAUGGUCGGCCUGCAGCGGGCCCUUGUCCGCGAUACCGCUCAUUUGUUUUGUGUGUUGGCAGUAACGCACUUGCAGUCAGUUAAAAGAGAGCGGGCUCUGCUAUCGGGCGUUGUAUCGUCUUCAGUUGCCCAGCAAUCCAUUGAAGCAGACGAAAUCGCAGCGUUUUGCGACCAAGUUUCAACGGCGGUUUCGGGACCUUCAGAUAAAUCUACGAAGCAAAAUAACAGCCCCUUGGAUGGGUGUCGUUCUCUGCUCGCGCUGCUGCUAGAUCUGCAGCGGGUGGUGUAUGCACCCUUAGAGCUUCUGGAUUUGUUGAACUCGCACAUUAAUGAAAAUGCUGUGGCUGAACUUGUUGGUCCCCAUUUCCCCUCGAUCGCGGCGCUUCGACUGUAUGGACAGCGCGUCAAUACUGCGGCUGCUCGUGGAUUAGCAGCAUUUGCAGAAGAGGAAGAAACUGCGCGCGCUGCUCUCGAUGAUGCAUGCAUGGCUUUCCUCUCCUUCAGCGCUUCCGCUUCAAAGGUGCUGCAGCAACCGAGGAUCGUCUCUGACGCUCUGAAGGAUCUGAUGGCGUUGCCGGACGUUUCAGUCCGCGAUAGCUGCAGCCGAUCUCUGAAGCGACUUUCCGUAGUUUUACACGUUUACUCACUCACGCAAUGGGGGAACACGAAGGAGGUUACUAUGAUAAAUGCAGAAGGAGAGGAUGUGCAGAUUCCAGUCUUUCUUUGGCCGGCUUGGCGCCUGGCGGAGUGCGGGCAAUCAUUUGACUGUUUAGUCGGCCUUUAUUCGUCUUUCGAAGAGGAUGAGCUUGCGAAGCAGCAGAGUCGGUUGGCCUCGACGGAUAUUCAAACGAUCUUCUGCUGGAUAUUCGAUCAGUGGCUGACGAGCCAAGACGACGUCUCAGGCGCUUCCACUUCCACUUACGUUGGCCUUCUUCAUCGAUUAACAGAAGAUGGAGAUCUGCCGUACUUUGGCUCCCCAGUUAGCGUCCCGCUGUGGUCUCAGCUGAAUGAAGAGGAGCGCGCGAGAGCAGAUGUUGCUGCACAGCAGUUGACAGAUAUGCUGCUGCAAAUUGAAUUGGCUAUGACGCAUGCAAGUCGCUGCAUGGGGGGUCUGAAAGACAACCGGCACUUUGUCGGAGUGCAUUCUCGCUUGGCCAUUAUAAAGCAGCAAGUCGCCGAGUACAGAGCAGCACUCCAUAAGCAAGCACUCACAGAACGAUUCCCCCCUACUUUCUAA